AUGUUUAAGUUUCUUUCGAAUAUCUUUCGUAAAGACUUAUCUUCAUCAGUAGCCGAACAAAAUUGUAAAACGCCUUCAAAAGAUAACAUGAAUUUAAAUCAUCUCUCUUCCAUGUCACGAAAAGUCACUCAACAUCACGGUACAGAACCGCCAUUUUCUAGUUCAUUAAAUAGUAACAAAAAACCUGGUCUUUACAACUGUAUUGUUUGCAAUACACCAGCAUUCAGUUCCGAACAUAAAUUCGAUAGUGGAACUGGUUGGCCUAGCUUUUAUACUCCGUAUGAUGCAGCUACUGUUGCUUCAAAGCAAGAUUUUUCUUUAAUGUAUCCUCGAACUGAAGUUCAUUGUGCAAAGUGCAAUGCACAUUUUGGUCAUGUUUUUAAUGAUGGUCCUAAGCCUACCGGUCUUCGAUAUUGUAUAAAUGGUGCAGCAUUAAAUUUUAUUCCCCAAUAA